AGGCGGCGGCUCUCCUCGGCGCCCUGCCUGGGGACGUCCAGUCCCCGGACGAGGCGAACGUCCGCGGCUCCUGGUCGCUGUCCGAGCGCCUGCGACAGGGUGCCGCCGGUGCGCUGGGCAAGGACCUGCUGGGCACCCUCAGAGGCCAGCUGGCACUGCUCAAGGUCGAGAUCAAUUGCCAGUCCUUGGCCUUGGUGGACUCCAGCGGGCCCCUGCGCUUCGCGUGGCUGCCGGGCACUUCGGCCUCGGACCCCGUGCGGGAGGCCUUGUCGCGGGCCCUGGCGCGCGAGCUGGACGAGGCCAAGGCGCACCGCGCGGGCGCGCCGCUCGCCGCGCUCGGCGACGCCCCGAAGCCCGCGGCCGCGGGCGGCUCCGAGAAGGAUAAGGACAGGAUCAUCGUCCGCGGCUUUCCCAGCAGCUGGUCGGAGCAGCAGGUGAAGUUGGUGUUCGCCGUCUUCGGCGGCGUGGACACGGUGAGCUUCGCGGGGGGCUCUGGCGGCAAGCCCCGCGAGGCCUGCGUCGUCCUGCGCGCGGGCAUCAGCGCCGAGAGGACGGCGAGCCAACUGAACAGCAGCGAGGUUGGCGACGGCGAGCUGAUGGAGAGGUGCAGAAUCUCCUGCGAGUUCGUGCGCGCGGGCUGCAUAUCGUGGCACGAGCAGCGGCGGCGGCAGCAGCAGCAGG